GCCGGGCUCCGGCGAGGGGGGCGGUGGCCGUGGCGGUGACAGCCGCUCCCCGCCCCUGAGGGUCGCCACGUCCCUCACGUACCGCCCGGCCGAGGCGCGGAGCGGCGAGCGGCCGCGGCUCCGACUCCUCCGGCGGGGCUCGGCAUGAGGCUGGCGCGGCUGCUGCGCGGAGCCGCCUCGGCCGGCCCGGGCUCUGGGCUGCGCGCGGCUAGCCCCGGCGGCAGCCGCAGCCUCACCUCGGACUCGGGCUCCAGGCCGGCGCCCGAGAGCGGCGUUCCGGGCCAGGUGGACUUCUACGCGCGCUUCUCGCCGUCCCCGCUUUCCAUGAAGCAGUUCCUGGACUUCGGAUCUAUGAAUGCUUGUGAAAAGACCUCAUUUAUGUUUCUGCGGCAAGAGCUGCCUGUUAGAUUGGCAAAUAUAAUGAAAGAAAUAAGUCUUCUUCCAGAUAAUCUUCUCAGGACUCCAUCAGUUCAAUUGGUACAAAGCUGGUAUAUCCAGAGUCUUCAGGAACUUCUUGAAUUUAAAGACAAAAGUGCUGAAGAUGCUAAAACUAUUUAUGACUUUACAGAUACUGUGAUUCGGAUCAGGAACCGACACAAUGAUGUUAUUCCCACGAUGGCCCAGGGUGUGAUUGAAUACAAGGAGAGCUUCGGGGUAGAUCCUGUCACCAGCCAGAAUGUUCAGUACUUUUUGGAUCGUUUCUACAUGAGUCGCAUUUCAAUUAGAAUGUUACUCAAUCAGCACUCUUUAUUGUUUGGUGGAAAAGGAAGCCCAGCUCAUCGAAAACACAUUGGAAGCAUAAAUCCAAACUGCAAUGUAGUUGAAGUUAUUAAAGAUGGCUAUGAAAAUGCUAGGCGUCUGUGUGAUUUGUAUUAUAUUAACUCUCCUGAACUAGAACUUGAAGAACUAAAUGCAAAAUCACCAGGACAGCCAAUACAAGUGGUUUAUGUACCAUCCCAUCUCUAUCACAUGGUGUUUGAACUUUUCAAGAACGCAAUGAGAGCAACGAUGGAACACCAUGCUGACAAAGGUGUUUACCCCCCUAUUCAAGUCCACAUCACACUGGGUAAUGAGGAUUUGACUGUGAAGAUGAGUGACCGAGGAGGUGGUGUUCCUUUGAGGAAAAUUGACAGACUCUUCAACUACAUGUACUCAACUGCACCCCGGCCUCGUGUUGAGACAUCCCGAGCCGUGCCCCUGGCUGGUUUUGGCUAUGGAUUGCCCAUAUCACGUCUUUAUGCCCAAUACUUCCAAGGAGACCUAAAGCUAUAUUCUUUAGAGGGCUAUGGGACAGAUGCAAUCAUCUACAUUAAGGUAGUCCUUUAUAGAUGUCUUCUGACUCAGAUUUGACAGCAAUCUUCAUGUGACUUUCCUUCAGGAGUCUUUCCAAAGCAUUCAUCUUGGUUUUCAAAGAACCUCCCCUGACCCCCUCCUUUUUUUUUUUUUUUCAUUUUGUUUAAGCAAUACUUGAUUAAAUUAUAUAAUUAUAAUGACAGAUGUUAAGUGCAUAAACAGAUUUGGGAACAAGCACAGGGGACUCUUGGCAAGCCUAUAGCUCACCUGGUGGGAGCAGAAGCACUUUGCCUGCUGGCCUGUGAUGUUCCCUGUGUUUAUCAGAGUUCAGCAUAUUUUACAGUGUUCGAGAGCAACCGAACCCCAUCAGCCCACUGGAUUGGUUAAGCAGUGGGCUGUUGGUACCUAAUUUAGUGACUCAAGUUUCUUGUUCUGGCCACUAGAUGGCACCUAUUUUAUAGGAAAUGGUGAAGACUGUAUAAUGGAAAAAAUAAGUUUAUCCGAAAAGGUUAAAUUCUUUCAAGAUAAUAAUCCUUUUCUUUUAAGCCAUCUCAAUUGUGAGUAACUUGAAAAGGGCAACAUGAAGGUAACAUUUUUAUCACCAAAUGUAACAUUUUUUAUCUAGCCCAUUGAUCAAGGGGUUCUGGCAGUUCUGGCAUAAAGAGAAUACACAGGUGAAAGGUUUUUAAUCCACUUUGGAAAAAAUAGAAGACAGGAAUCUUAUAAAAUCAUUAAAAUCAGGGGCCUCCUGAAUGGCUCAAUCAGUUAAGCGUCUGACUCUUGAUACCAGCUCAGGUCUUGAUCUUCAGGUCAUGAGUUCAAGCCCCCAUUGGGUUCCACGCUGGGUGUGAAGCCUACUUAAAAAAAAAAAAAAAUCAUUAAAAUCAAUGUCAAAGACUUUCCUUACCAUUAUCGGAAUGAAAUUUCCUGUUCAGUAUUUUCUACAUCUUGGGGAAUACCCGUGGCUUAAGGUCAGAAUCCUACUGAAAUAUCUUAACUUGAAGAAGAUAGGGAGGAACAUGGUUUAUCUCAGGUCCCAGCGAUUUGCAGGAAGCUGAAAUAGAACAGUGAAUCAAUGGUAAUGAUACGUUAGAAACAUGAAACGAUGCACAAUGCAGAUAUCCCAUCCACUAUACCUGAAAUUGGUGGCUCUAAUAGCAGGAGCAGACACAGGAUCAAACCCAAGGCCAAGAAUUUUUCAAUCAAAAGCCUUAGACAUAGUUUUGUGUUUAUUGAUAAUAUUAUUAUGAUGACUUUUUUAAGUCCAUGACUAUGCUGGAAAAAAUAUUAUUUCUUCUAACAAAUAAUUGAAAUAGAUUUCAUGAAAUGAUUUUACAAUUAUGUAUAUUACGGUGCAUAUGUCAGUUUUUAUGCUUUUACACUUAAAUGACUUUUUCAGUUAACCAACUUCUGUUCUGGGUCAUGUUUUUAUAAGACACAUCUCCUACACCUGUGUAAAAUUUCAAUCCAGCAGCUUCCAGGCUGGUUGGACAAUUACUGCAAACAAAAAAAAAAUCAAUGUGCAUACCACGCAGUGCCGUACACUUAGUAAAUAAUGCAUUGCAAAUAUGUACACUGUUUCAAAAUGUAUGUAGAUGAUGUGAAUGAUUAGUAAAAUACAAAUCCAAUAAAGCACUCUUUAAUUUCGAGUAA